AUGGCGUCUCACGCCGACAGUGCGCACGACCUGCUGGACCUCGACAUCUCAACAUUACGCCAAUUCGUCGAGCUAUUCCCAAAUGAGGGUCUUUCGAAAGUCAUCACGGGAUGGUUGAGUAGCGGCAUUUCAAAAUAUCCAUUGACUGAUGAGGGUGACUCGAGACAAGGGCCCGACCUAAGUGAGGGCGGGGUGGCGCUCACGCAAGAUGUGCCAGUGUCGCAAGAGGAUUGUUUGGUACUAAUGACUGAGGGCAUCGGCGAGGCUGGCAAGUCCCCACUCGCGCAUUGCUUGCUUGGCGACUACUACCUUUUUCUGGAAGAGUACGAGAGCGCAGUAGAGAUCACACGGAAAGGUCUAAAAUACGCCGCACAAGAAGCAAAGAAGACCGACCUGUCAUUUCAAAGAACUCGCGAUGCUCUUAGCAGCACCCUUGGUACAGCCUUGGUCUAUUACCAAGCCCCUAGAAAUCACGCAGAAGCCAAAGCUAUCUUCGAGUCAAUUCUGAAACGCAAGCCACAGUUCACUGCCGCUCUCAUCGGUAUCGGAUUAGUGUUGGAGGAAGAGCAGGAAUAUGGGCAGGCUUUUGAGUUUCUUGAGAAAGCUCUACAACAAGAUCCUUCGAAUGGCCGCAUCGGUGCUGAAUCAGCAUGGUGUCAGGCACUUGCAGGCGACUACAAGACUGGUCUAGAGAGACUUCAAGGGUAUCUCGAAUACCCCGAACUAGAUGCAUCCAAGCAGCGUGGCCGCGAGCUUCGUGCGCAGACACUCUAUAGAAUAGGCGUCUGUCUAUGGGAGCUUGAUCCUUCCAAAGCUGCGCGAAAAGACCGACAAAGGACGUAUGCAAAAUUGCUAGCAGCGAUCAAAGCAAACCCCAACUAUGCGCCUGCAUACACGCUUCUCGGUAUCUUCUAUGAAGACUAUAAUAAAGAUCGCAAGCGAGCAAGGCAGUGUUUCCAAAAGGCCUUCGAGCUCUCGCCCUCAGAGGUUGUUGCAGCUGAGCGGCUAGCUCGCCUCUUCGCCAACCAAGGCGAGUGGGAUAUCGUGGAGGUCGUCUCACAACGAGUGGUCGAUUCGGGCAAGGCUCGUCAAACGCCUGGCUCAAAGCGGAAGGGCGUGAGCUGGCCAUUUUCGGCCCUUGGUGUUGUACAAAUGAACAAGCAAGAGUACCAGAAGAGUAUCGUCUCUUUUCUAUCAGCUCUUCGUAUCAGUCCCGAUGACUAUUACUCGUACGUCGGCCUAGGCGAGAGUUACCACAACUCUGGACGGUACAAUUCAGCAUCCCGUGCUUUCAACUACGCUGAGAAUCCCACGGACGGCGUCGUUCUAAAAAGAACAGACGAGGAGAGAUGGUUCACAAAGUACAUGCUGGCUAAUGUCAAUCGCGAGUUGAGCGAGUAUGACGAUGCCAUAUCGGGGUAUGAAGCCGUACUGGCGGAUCGUCCCAAAGAAUUUGGCGUUUCGAUAGCACUUCUACAGACGCUCGUGGAGAAAGCUUGGCAUUGUAUCGAAACCGGCUUCUUUGGAGAGGCUAUCGACAGUGCUACCCGCGGCAUCGAAGUAGCGGCCACAAUUACCGAGUACAAGCCAGACGCCUUCAAUCUGUGGAAAGCUGUCGGAGACGCGUGCAGUCUGUUUAGUUGGGUCCAAGAGAGACUGAAGCAGUUCCCCUUCGAGCUGAUGGAAAAUGUGCUGCGUAGUCCGUCAGACAUGCGCAUCGACCUCGAUGAGCACAAAGACGUUGAUGGACUGGGACAAAAUGAUUUGGAGAAGCUUUCUAAAGAUGACGAUACCCCACUGGCUAAGACUCUCAAGGCAUCCAUCCUUGCCCAGAAGCGAGCCAUAUCUAGUUGCGCCCACCAAAUACAUGCCCAAGCCGUUGCGUGGUAUAAUCUUGGCUGGACUGAGUACAGAGCACAUGUUUGUUUGGAGCAAGAGGGUAUUGAGGAAUCCAAGCUCACUACUUACCUUCGAGCAGCCAUGAAGUGCUUCAAGCGCGCCAUCGAAUUAGAAGCUGGGAAUUCGGAAUUCUGGAAUUCACUUGGUGUCAUCACGACGACACUGAGUCCGAAGGUCGCCCAGCAUGCUUUCGUUCGAUCAUUACAUCUCAACGAGAGAAGCGUACACACAUGGACAAAUCUUGGGGUCUUGUAUCUCCUACAGAACGACCAUGAGCUUGCACAUACUGCCUUCUCCCGGGCACAGUCUCAAGAUCCCGAUUACUCGUUAGCUUGGGUCGGCGAAGGCAUCAUUGCGUUGCUUACAGGAAAUUCCAACGAAGCUCUAUCUCAUUUUACACAUGCCUUUGAGCUCUCGGAAUCAUCUCUGCUUCUUACGAAGCGACAGUAUGCAGCGUCAGCAUUUGACUUCCUUGUAUCAUCACCUUCAUCUUCGAGCAACAUUACGAAUCUCAUCCAGCCUCUCUUCGCGCUUCAGCAGCUGAGCCUGCAAGCUCCUUACGAUAUUCCACACAAGCAUCUCGCGGCUCUAUUUCUGGAGCGUGUUGGUGAUUAUGACGCAGCUGUCAUUGCUCUACAGGCUGUGAAUGAGAAUGUUGAGCAAGAAUACGAAAAGUCUGAGUCGCUGGCAUCUCUUGCUCGUGUUGCAUCUGCGAAAGCAGACUUAGCUCGUAACCUUCUUGCCGUCAAAUUGUAUCAGGCUGCUGUAGAGGAAGCCGAGACCGCGCUAGACCUGUUGUCAGAGCUCGAUCACGAUGAAAAGCAAUCCACCAUGUCCGGCGACCAACUUGCAAGGACCAAACUAUCAGCACACCUAACUGCCGGAUUAGCGCAUUAUUUCAGCGGAUCGUUCGAUGCAGCCAUACCGUAUUUCCGAAAAUCGCUCGAGACUACUAGCUCCAAUCCCGACAUCAUCUGUAUCCUUGCAGAGGUACUGUGGGCAAAGGGCGGAGACAACGAGAAGCAAGUUGCCCGCGACCAGUUGUUUACAGCGAUCGAGAAACACGAAGGCCAUGUUGGGCUCCUAACCUUAAUUGGUGCGAUGACGGUACUUGACGAUGAUUUGGAGACCAUGGAAGCUAUCAAAGACGACUUGGAUCGAAUGCGCGCAAACAAGCAGCUCACCGAUGAGCAGCUAGCUCGGGUAGAGAAGGUGAUUGAAGCCAUCUCACUGAGCCUAGGCGGCGAAGAGCAAGAGUUGCAUGAGGCGCAACGCAGUAUAAUGUUGUCGCCCUGGAAGCACACAGGCUGGGUAGAGCUUGCGGAUGCUACGGAUGGUAAUCUAUUUUGCAGUACGAUCGCACGAGAAAAUGCGAUGCGCAACGCACCUCCAAAUGGUACCCUUGAUGCCGGCAGUCUGGCGGGUGCAAUGAGCAAUACAGGCAACGUCGGGGAUGCGCAGAGGGCGAUAUUACUGGCACCUUGGUGCAUACACGGUUGGGCCGGUCUAUACGAGUGCAUCAAAACAUAG